UCAAACACGCGAGUGCAUCCUCAAAACACAGCAAUCAACAUGUUCAAACUCUUCACAAUCAUUUGCCUUGUUGCGUUGGUGCAAGGUGCACACAUCAAACAGUCGGCGAUAAAGCACAAAACGCGCCAGGCAAGCUACCAGCUCGAGGAAGUCGAUGCGGGCAAGGAGCUGAUCGAAGAGUCGCAGGACUACUACGCCUAUCCGAAGUAUCAGUUCGAGUACGGUGUCAAGGAUCCGCUGACGGGCGAUCACAAGAGCCAGUGGGAAAUGCGAGACGGUGACAUCGUGAAGGGAUCGUACACGCUGGAUGAACCGGACGGUACACAGCGCAUCGUCGAGUAUCGGGCGGACGAUCGGAAUGGGUUCGAAGCGAUCGUGAAAAAGAUCGGCAAACCAAAGCAUCCGGAGGAGUUGGGCAAGCAGCUGGCGGUAAAGCAGGCAGCAGACACCCACCAUAUCGUCGGGCAGAGUUACAGCAAGCUGAAGAAGUUCAGCUGAUUCGAAAGACCUAGACCCUUUUGACUUCGUGAUGUUGUCAUAAUGGAAUUUACAUAGAAAAAUAAACCCGGUUCGAGCGGAUUCCGCUUCAAUA